AUGGACACCGAUUUAUAUGACCUGGGUCAUUUCUUAUACAUUGCCACUGGUCAGGGGCGUCCUGAGAUUGUCGUCAUCUCUGAUGAGGAACUAUCAGACCUUCGGAUCCAGUUUCAUCAUCUAGAUAUCGAGACUGGCGACGUUUCACCCUCACCUAUUCCUUGCUUCCUUCCAAAGACUGAUCUUCCCGAGGUUUUGGAUGAAGAUGAUUUCUACCCGGAUAUUUUUUCAGGUGCUGAGGAGGCAAUAGUCAGCUUGAAAGUAUGUGGCUGGAGCAGGAAUAUCAGUGGUGUUGAUAUUUUCCCGCACUGCUUGGAGCUCGAUUUGCAGAACUUUUCGUUCGAGAAAAACUACGACCUCGUCUCUCAAUUUAGGGGUCGCGACGAGAUAAAUAUCUACGGCUGGAUUGAAGAUCAUGAGAACUAUGAAAGGGCGUGGAAUGCUGGCGACGACUCUUAUAUAUGGGAAAGGUUCGAAGCUUUGAGAAUGCGCUCAUACCUGAUGCAGACAAUGAUUAUCACGCUCGAUUGCUACGGGCACUCGGGGGUCCUAGCUGGAUAUUCUGAUGGGCAACUCCAUGUUCAGUUCAGCCGCAUGGUGGAUUUCAAUGAAUAUGCCGUAGAACCGCCCGAGGGCACGCCAUACAUUGAUGUUGUCGACAGAAGCAAGCUUUAUGACAUGCUAAAUAUCCUUGCGAAAUGGUCAUGGCCCAUUCCCGUGGCAACCACGAAGGAAUACGCCGCGGUGAUCUUGGAUCUUCCAACAGAUGAUCACCCUGACACAGAUUUCGCUAAUGAUGAUUGGCUACUUGUUCAAGAUAUGUCUGAUUAA